CUAAUCUUACUGCUGACUCGUUCUCAUCAUCCCUGUCUGCUUGCAAUUGGAUCAUCAACUUCCAAGUUUUAAUUUAAUAGAUUCAAGCAACGAAUCAACGACAUUCCAGCUUAGUAUAUCGCAAGCGCUGACCGCCAGUCUACUUCGAAUUGCAUUUAGCUCGGAGAGCAGCCGUCACCAUCGGAACCCACUACAAAUAUAAUGGCCCAAAAAGGUGAUCUGAUGACGGGAGGGGUUGAGGAAAAUCUAGUUCUUCCAAAAUGGUCAUCAUGGCAACCGGACUGCGUGGUCACUGGCACUUAAAAAGUUGUUAUUGACGGGGAUGCAUGAGCUGCUCGCGAUCCGAGCUGGAGAGAGUCCUACCAUGGGCAACAUGAAAGAACCACACAGCAUUUCAACGAGAAGCUGAAGAAUUUCAACCACAAUAACUAUUGUUAUUAUUAUCCAUAUGAUUGGAUCUGGAGGCCUGCCAAUCCCACACAGACCUAGGAUGAUGACGGAGAAUAUCCCUAAAGAAGCUUAGCCGCGUCAGACAUUUCCCAAUCAAAAUCAACAAUUUACGACCAGCCCAAUCAUGAUGAAAAAGGUUCCAGACCCCGUCAGCCCUACGUAUAUACAAGUCAUAACGUCCAACUGGAGAACUGCAGCCGCAUCUGCUUCUCUUCUGAGGCCGCUUUCGUGUUUGGCUGUCAGUCUUUCGGCAUUAUUUCGUCCAUUCCCUUCUUAUUGUGGAUCUCGUUGUCGUCGUGUUCUGUCCAGUCGACUUCAUUAUGGUUGAUCAAGCUGCUGGCCAGAAGAGGACGAGAAGGUCAUAUGGGCCAAAGGUAACCUCUGGUUGUUUCACUUGCAAGAGAAGGUAGAAACAGUAACUCUUUCUUGCAUCCAAGACUUCAAAUUUGAGCUGAUGGCUGGAACUCUCUGCAUCCUUCUUGGCCGGUUGCUAAUGUGAUGAAUUGAAUAGGAGGGUCAAGUGUGACGAACGACGUCCAACUUGCAUGAGAUGCGCGAAUUAUGGCACCAAAUGCGAAGGUUACAAGCCGCCCGCAAGUGCUAUCACACCAAAUCGUCGCGUCGUGAGACCCAUUCUGCCCAAGUCUGAGCCACUGUGCAAGACACCGACAACGGUGUCCAAACUCUUCAAGAACGAUCAGGAGCUGAGUUACUUUCAGCGCUUCUGUGUCGAGAAUGUUAGGCAGUUGACUGGUUCGCGAGGGUCCGAAAUCUGGAGUCGUCACGUUCUACAGGCUAGUGAAGUAGAGCCAUGUGUACGGCACGCUGUGAUUGCGAUUGGAGCCUUGGACUUCCGGAAAAGAGGGCUGGAGGCUGGUUUGAUCAAACCAAUUACUCGAAAUUAUGACAAAGUUACAGGUCCUGAGACCCUUGAAACAGAUCGACUCGAGUUCGCGUAUCGCGAGUAUGGGAAAGCCAUUUCCUGUAUGAAGACAGCGAUUGCGAACAAGAAGAUCAGCAUCAGAACCAGCCUGAUCACAAGCCUUUUAUUCGUCUGUUUCGAAGCAUAUCAUGGAAAUAGUGACGGGGCUUCUGCUCAAGUUUAUGCGGCUGUCGAGGCAAUGGAGGCCUAUUCGAAGCAACGACGGGUUUCAAGGUCGCAUCCAAGCACGCCGAUAACCCCACCAAUCGAUGACGAUAUCGCGGAGAUGUUCUCACUAUUGGAGAUACAGGCUACCUCUUGGGGUGGUGAUACACGAAGCAGUGAUCUACAUCUAGAGAGAAUGCGGGAUUGUGAAAUUACAAUUGGGGAGAUGCCGAGAGAGUUCAAGGACAUGCGAUAUGCCUGGCGCAUGAUAUCUCAGUUGCUCUUGCGAGGUAUUCAUUUGCGGAGUGCGCAAUUGAAUGCACAAAUACAAGGUUCGUUGACAGCAGAUCCCUCGCCGGCGCCAAUCAUCACACUUGGUCCUCUUGCAGACGAAGCUCAACAUGCGGCGAUGCGAAGUGUGCUGUCACAAUUUCGGCAAUGGGGUUUAGCAUUCGAACCGAUAUUGCGUAGAGCGGAAAGUCCGCAUGCAAGUAAAGAGAUGGUACAAAGCGUGAUGAUGCUUCAUCUCUACCACUUGGCCGGCAUAGUAUGGGCAGUUUCCGGAUCUGCAGAUAAAGCUGACUACUAUCGGUGCUACACAAAGGAGCUCCACGAGAUAGUGCGAAUAAGUAAGCUGAUAUCUAGAACGAACGAUGAGUACUUUUCGUUGGACAUCAGGAUCGUGAUGCCGCUUCAGGUUGUGGCAAUGAACUUUCGACAUCGCGCUCUACGGAAAGAGGUUAUUGGUAUUUUUUCUCGAAUGCCCAUGAGAGAGGGGAUGUGGGAUGCGGCGAUGAUUGUGAAAGUUCUUGAAUGGAUUACAGAAAUCGAGGAAGUGGGUCUGGGAGAUGAUGAGUAUGUGCCGGAAGAUCGCAUGGCCACUUUGACUGGUCUGAGAGUUGAUGCUGAGAGUCGCACUGCGGUUGUUAAGUGUGUACAAGGUGUGCGGGGGUGCCCGGGCCAGACUAUCGAGAGGGAGAAUACUUUGUAUUGGUGAGGGGUUGAGAGGAAUCAGACGAGGGAUUGGAAAAUCGUGGGUCAGGCGAGGAAAGUAAGAACGAAGCGAUCUGUCUGUGGCAUUAAGAUGGCACCAAGUUAUGGUUGUUGCAAACCACAAUGGAGGAGAAGUUGGAAGGGUAUUUCUACUUGUGCAUGCCUUCCCAUCUCCGGACCAAGCUAUGUUUUUACUGGCAGGAGAGGAAGGUACUAAGCCAGUGACUCUGUUUACCGACCAACCGUCUAGGAUGAUCGGAUCGGAGACGCCAAAUUAUAUCCAUACGUAUGUACUCACUGUCAUACAAAGAACCAAAUUACUCAACUAUAGAAAUUCUGUUUCACACGCACAUUCUGCUCCGGCUUGCGUUCAUUUCAAUAUUUCUCAUCGCGAGCUGGCAAGUGGCAAUCGCUCCUCAUGCCUUCCUCAUAACCUAUUCAUAAUCUGCCACUUCGUGGCGUGCCUGACCAUCUGAUCCCUCAUAAUUUCCCAAAAUGCUGUCUAGUUUCCCAUUGCCAUGCUCCCAUCUCUUGUCUUGACUGCCUCCAUCUUUUUCUUACCAACAUUACCCCGCCUCCCCAACACUUCACCACAUCCAGGACUUUUCUACCCCCUUCUUUCCACACAACUUGCCUCUCUCAGCAGCAAUUGCCAGCCUUGCAGAAGCACUUCUACACCCUGAACUGCUAUGAACUGUACUAGAUUGUUGUGGGGUGUAUGGUUUUCACCACCGCCAGCUGAUGAAGGAGUUAUCCUGAAGCUCCUCCCUCGACUGAAUCAACCUGGAUCGCUGUAAGCGUACUCCAGCAAGUUACGAUGAACCGCGAUAUUUUAAUGGUGCUGCUGAGGGUCUUUUUGUAUUCGUUUCGUGCAAACCCGUCUUCUUUCUUUGUUCUUUGCGAUGGUAUCCACUGUGUUGCUGGGACUCCUCGUCGAUACCGACUCCUCGUGCAGUCAUCGUUGUAGGCCAGGUACGCUGGCGGGUUAACUUACAGUGUGAAAUACUAGAUGGAAUCACAUCUCAAGCUUCUGAGGGAGCACAUUGUGGUAGACAUCGCCAUGAAAACGUCUCCUAGGAGCUCAACUCAAUUUUGGGGCCUGAGAGCACUUUCAAGAACAGAACGGAGCCUUUUUGGCUCACGAAAGCAUCCGCCAGUGUCUCCGAUGAACUAUGGGGACGUGCUGGUGUUGUUCAGCCCCUGAACCUAAGCCCUCGCCGGCCCGUCCCCCUACCUAUGCUGCCCACGUUUGGUUCACUCAGUUGCCACAAUUGCAACACCACGAUCCUUGACACCACUACAGGAA